GUUACUUUACCGUUUAGUCAUAGUGAUGCACUGAUGCUUGUAAGUGAAAGUGAGAUCCCAGAUAAUCAAAGAAGAGCGUAACUCUCUCCAAUGGCGGAACGAGUCUAUCCCACCGAUUCACCACCAGAAAGCGGACAAUUCUCCGGCAACUUCAGCUCCGGCGAAUUUCCAAGAAAACCAACACCACCACCAGCAACAUACGUAAUCCAAGUCCCAAAAGAUCAGAUCUACCGUAUCCCACCACCGGAAAACGCACACCGCCUUCAACAACUCUCUCGUAAAAAAACCAAUCGCAGUACCUGUAGAUGCUGUUUCUGCUCAUUCCUGGCAACGAUAUUCAUCUUAAUCGUCCUCGCCGGAAUAUCCUUGGCGAUUCUCUACCUAAUCUACCGUCCCGAAGCUCCAAAAUACUCUAUCGAAGGAUUCACAGUUUCCGGUAUCAAUCUGAAUUCAUCAUCUCCGAUUUCGCCGAAUUUUAACGUUACCGUUAGAUCACGUAACGGUAACGGUAAAAUCGGGGUUUAUUACGAGAAAGAAAGCUCUGUGGAUGUUUAUUACAACGACGUUGAUCUAUGUAACGGUGUUAUGCCGGUGUUUUAUCAGCCGGCGAAGAAUGUAACGGUCGUUAGGUUGGCGUUAAGUGGGUCUAAAAUACAGUUGACUAGUGGUAUGAGGAAGGAGAUGCGUAAUGAGGUGAGUAAGAAAACGUUGCCGUUUAAGUUGAAGAUUAAAGCUCCGGUGAAGAUUAAGGUUGGUUCUGUUAAAACGUGGACUAUGAUCCUUAAUGUUGAGUGUGAUGUAACGGUAGAUAAAUUGACGGCGCCGUCGAGGAUUGUGUCGAGAAAAUGCAGUCAUGACUUCGAUCUUUGAGGACGGGAGAAAACAGGGGAUCCUAUCAUGGACAUGCCUUGUCUUGAAGUCAUAGUCAAGUCAGAUCUCAUGUUGCUCGAGAACCAACUUCCGUACUUCAUCCUCGAGAAACUCUUCAAACCAAUAUUCCCAAGAAUCCAGGAAUUAAUUAUCGAGUACUUCAAAUUCGAAGGUAAAAUUGGAAAUGAAUCCAAAUUUAGACAUUUCACUGAUCUGUUCAGGUGUGUUCGCGUUGAAACACUUCAAGAGCUUCCUCCAAUGGAAUUCAACCAAAUAGAACAUAUGUAUAACGCGGUUAAGCUACAUAGUGGGGGAUUAAAAUUCGAGGCCGUAGAAAACGAGUACUCGUUGUAUGCAAGAUUCGAGAAUGGUUGUUUGAAGAUGCCUUCUCUCGCGGUUGAUGACAAUGAAGAAACCAAAUUGAGAAACAUAAUGGCGCUUGAACAAUGCCAUUACCCUCGCAACCCACAUGUCUGUAACUACAUCAUUUUCCUAGAUUACCUCAUCGACACCGAGAAAGACGUCGACUUGCUUGUAGAGAAAGGCAUAAUAAGAAACUUGAUUGGGCAACACAGUUUGGUAGCGGAAAUGGUGAAUACGCUCUGUACGGGUAUCAUCAAUAUUGGCUCUUACAGCUCGGACAUAUCGAUUCAAGUCAACGCUUACUAUUCAAGCCCAUUCAAUAGGGCACGCGCCAUCCUGAAUAGAGUUUAUUUUGGCAACAUGUGGAUAGGGACGGCCACAGUCGCCGCCACGCUUCUAUUGUUGAUGACUCUCGUCCAAACGGUGGCUUCAAUCAUUCAGGUGAAACAGAAAUGAUUUUAGACACGCCCUUGCAUUUCUCUCCAUUUUUUUCCGAUUUAGAAACUUUAUCGUUCGUCCGCCAGAUGAUUUGGGUUUCCGUCUUGUCACUUUACCUUUUGUGAUUUCUUAAAAUAAAAUAAAUAUUACAAA